AUGGAGUUCAGUUUCAUAGGCCAGAAUAAGGCCACUUUCGCUACACUGGUGGUUUUACUUCUGUUGUUACUUCAAAACACAUCAUCAAUCACAUUGCAACAUAAAAUCCAAUCCCAAACCACCGAGGACAAGCGAUUCGAGCCCCUAGCAGGCAUCAUCCUCUCGGAGCUGCUGAAGCUCAUCGUCUCAGUGCUCUACGUCGUCCAAUCGCAUCGCUCAUCCCCAACUACAUUCAAAUCUACCCUGAGCGCACUUCGCAAUGGCCAGGAAGAAGCCGCCAUCCCGGCCCUGCUCUACACGGCCGCCAGCUUUGCGCAGAGCAUCGGCGCCUCCUACCUGACCCUGCUCCCCUACCUCGCUCUCUCGCAAGUCAAGAUUAUCAUCACGCCCCUGCUAGCCACCUUCCUCAUCCAGCAAAAAUUCACCCUCUACCACUGGCUCUUCCUCUCCAUGAUGACGGCCGGCAUCGUCCUCGCGCAAGUCGGCGCCGCAGCCGACCUCAGCACCACCGCCGCCCAGUCAACGCACAUCCGUCUCCUCCCGGGGAUCCUGUCGAUGCUCUUCGCCGGCUCGUGCGUCGCGCUCGGCAGCAUCUGCAUGGAGAAGUCGCUGAAGCGGACCAACUGCUUCUUCGUGCGCAACGCGCAGCUCGCGGCCCACAGUCUCGUUUUUGCCCUCCUCUCGUACGUCGGGAAGACCCGGUCUGAUUUCACGACCUUUUUUGACGGCUUCGAUGCGCGGGUCUGGCUGUUCGUUGUGCUGCAGGCGUCCGGCGGGUUCUUGGUCGCCUGGUGUGUACAGAUCACCAGCACCGUGACGAAGAAUUAUGUGCAAGGGCUUGGGUUUGCCAUGGCUGCUGCGUUGCCGUUGGCGAUGACACGGGCGGGUGUCAAUUAUCAGCUUCUCGGGGGUGUUGGGCUGGUUAUUGGAUCGGUGUUUGGAUCCGCGAUCGUUGGCCACAGGUCGAGGUCGACGGGGACGGUGGAAAAGGUGGAUUCGGUGAAGAAGUCUGAUGUAUAG